CAAUGCUUUUCUAAUCAUGGUGGUUUAGCAUUUGCUUAGCUCACAUUAGCCAAAAUGGCCCAGGUAAGCAUUACCAGACCAGCUUCACAUUCAGAGUUACCAACCAGGUUUCCUGAAGUGCAACACCCUUUGUCAAGGCUGGGCAAUCCUGAAACUAUUUCACUUCAGGGAGAAUCAAGCCUGUCAAGUGGAAGACUAUAUAGUGAAAGAUCUGCUUCUUGGGAAUUUUCAAAUAAUGGGGAUCCAUUGAAAACAAGCCACAGAAGGCGUGAGUACAUCUCUGCUUUGGAAGAUGCACUUAAAGAGCACAGAAAGGGACAAAUGGACAACUGGAGAAAACUUGAUCAUUGGAUAAGUCUCAAAAAACGGUGGGCCAGUGACCCCAGAUUGAUUGAUCACGAUGUUAAGGCAAUUAACACAAGGCCUGGUACUCAGAUGAGACUGCAAAUUGAUGAGCUUCAAUAUCUUCUACAUGAAAAGCUUAGAUCUGGUGGAUUCUACACACUAAAACAGCUUUUCCAGGCACAUGACCCUACUGGUAGAGGCCAUGUGACAAGGGAAGUACUGCUGACAAUUCUUACUAGAUUCCUGAGAAAAUACAUUGCUGCAAGGCAGUUCUAUCAUCUUUUACUGAGACUUAAACUUAAUGCAAAGUCCAUCAUUACAUUUGAAAACUUUUAUUCACACUUCAAAGAACAAGAACCAAAGGGGUAUCCAGCUUGGAUGGAUCCUGUGAAAAGGCCCCGGGAAAACAAAAGAAUGAGUGCAACACAAGUUCAUAUACAGUUGAAAGCGAUGGCUAGAGAAAGAUCACUGGAACUCAGAGAUCUUUUUCUAAAAAUGGAUAAUGGUAGAAUGUAUCCAGUCACAUUUCAAAAUGUUUUACAUCAGCUGGGAAUAGAAAUGGAACAAGAAGAAUUCAUAAAACUGCUGAAAAGGUAUGACCCAGAUGAUCUUGGGAUUGUUAAAGCUGACAGUUUAAUGAGGGCUUUGGGUUUUCAAACAACAGGUGAGAACAGAGAAAGAUGGGGAGCAGUUCCAUCAGCACCUGGCAAGACGACCAGAUUCACAUUGCCAGAAGAUCAACCAAGAUCUCCAGGAAGAAACCAAACCAAAGCAGACAUGGAGAGAAAAUUGACGUUGAACAUAGAAAACUGGUUGAAGGAAAAGUUUAGAGAGGGUUUCAAGAGUAUGCUGACUGAUUUUUAUUACUAUGACCAAGACAACUCUGGAAAGGUAUCCAGAGACAACUUCUUAUGUGUCUUGAAAAAAUACAACCUUCAGUUGCAGGAAGACCAGCUAAAUACUUUCCUUUUGCGUUGUGGACUUCAAGAAGACGCAGCAACAAUAAAUUAUAUGGAGUUUCUUCACAACUUUCAAGAUAGAAGUGGAAACGGACUACCUCACCGUAUUAUAACUGAUGAAAAUCACAGAUUUAACAAACUCAGAAGCUUUGGUUCUCAAUCCUCAGUAACUGCCACGGAGGCAAAGCUAAUGGAACUGUUACACAAUGAUUUCCUUUCCGUUUUAGGAAGUUUUCAUGAAAUUGACAAGCAGAAACGAGAUGUAAUCAGCCAACAAGCCUUCUGGAUGUGUUUAAAAAACAGAUUUGGCAUUGACAUGUCGGAUGAAGAAGUAAGUUAUCUGAAGAACCGAAUACCACUUGAUGCCCAAGGCAAUGUAAAAUAUCUUGAGUUCAUGUCCAUAUUUGACAGCUGUAAAGGUGCGAAGAGUCUUUUGUGUGACAAAUCUAUAAUGACAAACUUCAGCAAUGAAAAUUCAACAAACAAAGAGUAUGGCUCAAGAAGAACAACAGAUCAGAUCUCAAAUAUUAUACAGGAUCUUGUGAAGAAACAAUACCAAAUGGUGGAACAAAACUUUAAUAAACUUGAUAAGAUGAACACCAGACGAUUUUCUCCUGAGUCAAUGUAUCAACUUUUGAAGCAAUUUGAUAUUCACCCGCCAAUCACAAGAGAUGACGUCCAAAAACUGUGGAGCACUGUAAUUACCAGUCAAGAUAACACUUUGGAUUUCUACGAAUUUGUCCGGCACUUUGGAUUUUCACCUAAAUCAGCUUGUUACCCAAAUGCCAAAAUACAUCCACCAGUUAAAGGUGACAGUGACUUCCUGGUACGAUCUAGGAAGUUAAACUGUGACACAGAAAUCAUUGAGGACAAUCUGCAAGCUAAGGUUAAGCUCAUGCUAGAUGACCUCUGGACAAAUUUUCGUGAGUUGGAUCAAUUUAACACUGGCUUUGUUAGCAAAGAGGAGUUCAAAGAUGUUCUUAUGGAUGUAUGUGAGUCGCUGAAUGAUCAGACCUGUGAGAUAAUCGCCAGUAGGUUUACCCAUGAGAAGAACUGGAUUUCAUACGUCGAGUUCCUUCAGCCAUUUGAAGAUCGAAGGAGAGCAGUCAGGCUUAAGAAUUUGAAAACUCCAAACCAAAAACAUCAACCAGACAUCACAAUAUACACAGAAACUAUGCAUAAAGGUCUGAACAUGAUCACGGAGAAACUGAGAAGAAAGUUAGCUGGUAACCGAAAAACAUUGGAAAAGGUGUGUAGAAAAUUGGAUUUUACCAGCACUGGAUUUCUCACACUGCCUGAAUUUCGAUCUGUUCUUCGACUCUGCAACAUAGUUUUGGAUGAAGAUGAAAUUUAUCACAUGAUGUCAAAAUAUGAUGAAAACAUGGAAGGCAAAAUUAAGUAUUCAAACAUUAUCAACAAAAUCUUCAAAGGCCCAUGAAUAUCACUUUAUUUUACCUGCUUUCUGCAAAACUGUUAGCGAUCUUUUUAAUAAAGUUCUGAACUGUUUAUAUUUUAGUUGGAUUUUUAAUCUUAAUAAAUGAUGUAUAAGCGGUGACAAUGAAGGUUUGUAAUAGUUAUAUGUUUCCAGUAUCGCGGGUGAACAAUUCCAGACUGCAGGUCUUUACUUAACUUCAUAAAUAAAUUUAGAGUUUAAUGGAUUUUGAAUUGUAAAGAUGUAUUGUAAAGAAUAUCACACCACAUAUCAAGAUAACAGCAGAAAAUUGUACAAACAUUCAGCAACUCAGGCAGAAUGUCUGGAAAGUAAAGGGGCAAGUUCACAUUUCAAGGUUUGCCUUUCAUUAGAACUCUAUGGUGAUCCUGUCAUCUGAAACGACAAAACGUCGGAUGACAUGAUGAUGGAUGAGCCAAAUCUUCAGGUCAGCACAGAAUUUAAGUGAGGCACGACUGUUGAAAAGAAAACUUCAAUGGGUACGGAUGGCAGCACGUAGAAUCAGAAAAUGAGUUAUAAUGCAGAAGUCCAUUUUGCCAUCAAAUCCACUCUGACUCCCUGCAAGAGAAAUUCACUUUACCCCAUUCUCAAUGGCCUUUCCCUGUCAUCAGCACUUCUUUAGUUCUUAGCUCAAAGGAAGGUCUUCAGUGAUUAUUUGCUGAACCAUGGCCAAAUGCCGCGUCGGGUGAGGUGGCAGGUCCCUAGCGUACUUCAAUUGGAACAGGAAUCGAACCCCGUGAACCCCAAUCUACAUGCUGGCUGUCUAGCCAAACACCUAAUGGACUCUCACCCCUCUUUUGCUGUAACAGUACAACUUUACAUACAGAUUAGUAUGGAAAUCAUGAGGUAGAUGUGGUAUGUGGAAACCCAAAGUACUAAGAACACAUUUAAUCUAAUCUUCCAUUGUUCCGCUACAACUUUCUGAACUUCAGAGUGGGAGAAUGAAUCAUGUGCAUGUAAGAGCUGAUCAGAUUUUCUCCCCUGCUUGAGGUAAUUAUUUGUUCAACAUCUUAUGACAUGCAUUUAACUUUGUGAAUUAUUGAGUUCAUCAUGAAGGUUAGGACAUUCGUUUUAACAUAUAUUCAGUUUUAUGGUUCCAAUUACAAAAUGUGUACUCCUCAUAUUGCACCUACCAUUUAUGAGGACAAUGACGUCGUACAGUUGGCUGGCUAUAAUGCAGAUUUGUUUGGAGCACAAGGGUUCUCUUUACAGCUAUUCAGAUGAUCAGUACAAGUAGAUUAUAUUUCAUGUCAGGUAACGCAGUGCUAACUUGACUUGCAAUGUUGAACAACUCAAAUAGAUUUAUGGAGAGAGGUUUGCAGAAGAUUAGAUUAGUGAUAAUGGGAACUGCAGAUGCUGGAGAAUCCAAGAUAAUGAAAUGUGAGGCUGGAUGAACACAGCAGGCCCGCAGCAUC